UUUCAUUUCAUAAAUUAAGUUCCCUUAAAACAUAUAAUUUAUUUAAGAAAUGAUAAGAAUAUCGACUUGCAAAGGUGAUCAAAGUAUUGAUCAAGAUAAUGAAAUCAAUUGGUGCUUUGAAUAACUUCCAACAGAAAUUAGUGCUAAAAGACAUGAAAAUAAAAUAAGAACAGAUAAAAAUAACAAUGAAAUCAAUGGUUAGAACAAAAAAUUCUCAAUAACUUUUAGAGAUGAGAUUUUUCCAAAAGAAGGUCUAGCUGAUGUUUAAAUAGUUGAAAAUUGGAAAAUUUAUAAUGUAAAUAAGGAGAAAGCAGUAGCUGAUGAUUGUUUAUGUUAUAUCUCAUGA